AUGGCACAAGAUCCCCGAGAGGCCUUUCGAAGGCUUCAGCAGACCCUACAACAGCGAACUCGUGGUGGAUUCGGCGGCAGGGGCGGCGGCGUUCCAGGUGGUGCUUCUGUCAGACCACUUGCUGGUCUGAUCCUCCUUGGGUUGGGAGGUCUUGUCGUAUCCAACGCACUCUUCAACGUCGACGGUGGACACCGAGCUAUUAAAUACACCAGAAUCGGUGGAGUCAAGAAAGAAAUCUACAAUGAAGGUACUCAUCUUCGAAUUCCGUGGUUCGAGACUCCCAUCGACUAUGAUGUCCGCGCUCGCCCUCGGAACGUCGCCUCCUUGACCGGGACCAAAGAUCUUCAAAUGGUCAACAUCACCUGCAGAGUCCUCUCCCGACCACAUGUUCAGCAUCUACCUCAAAUCUACCGCACGCUAGGAACUGAUUACGAUGAGCGAGUAUUGCCAUCGAUCGUCAAUGAAGUCUUAAAGUCGGUUGUCGCGCAGUUCAAUGCCUCGCAACUCAUUACUCAGCGAGAGAACGUGGCCCGCCUUGUCCGAGACAACCUCGAACGUCGCGCGGCGCGAUUCAAUAUUCUCCUUGACGAUGUUUCUCUUACUCACCUCGCCUUCUCACCCGAGUUUACCGCCGCCGUCGAAGCCAAGCAAGUCGCCCAGCAAGAAGCACAACGUGCGGCUUUCGUUGUCGACAAAGCCCGCCAGGAAAAACAGGCCACCAUCGUACGGGCACAGGGUGAGGCACAGUCGGCACAACUCAUUGGUGAUGCAAUCCAGAAGAGCAGAAGUUACGUGGAUUUAAGACAGAUCGAGAAUGCAAGACAGAUCGCCACCAUACUGCAGGAGGCGGGUGGAAAGAACAAGCUCUACCUGGACAGCCGUGGACUAGGGCUCAAUGUUCAUGCUGGCGAGGCGGACAAGAAGCAAUGA